AUGCCGGGCUGUCCGGCGUCGGUUUAUCUCGUGUGCAUUUUGGGGCAGAUCUUCAAUGACGCGUCUGCCCUGAAAAUUCCGAAGAACAUCCUUAAACUUCCAGACCUAGAAUCAGAAGCAGUGGAGCGGGAAAUCGUGGAAGGAGAUCCGCACGGUGCAAGCAUUGCCUUGCUUGCUGCGGCAGAGAACGGCAGACAUCACUUGGAGAUGGUUUGGGCACUGCUGGCCCUGGAGUACGAUUUGAACGAUCUCCAGGAGUGGCUCUCCUCGACUUCGCCGCUCCCUCCAAGUCCAAGUGCUCCCUUAUCCCGAGAAAGCCAUGAAAGUCUGGUCGAGGACUUCAGGAACUUGCUGGAAAAUCUCCGUGCAAACCGGCCGGACAGCGAUGCAGUGAAGGCGCUGAUUGUGAGCUUGGCCAGGGCUGGCGGAGCGCACCGAGUGUCCAGUGCAUUACAGGCCUUGCAGGCCUUGGGUUACAGCCCGCAGGAGCUGCAAGGCUGGAUCGAGCAAAAAGGAAAAGGCCAGGCUCCCACAAAGGGACCUGCAGCCCGUGCUAUCGAGAACUCCUGGAACGUUUACUUGCUCAUCGACGCUUUGAAGCAUUCGAGCAGAGCGGAGGUAAAGCAAGUUCUUGCCCACAUCGGCACACAAGAGAUGGUACAUGUGCUUGGGACUUUCACUGCAUUGGGCUACGAUUACAAUGGGCUACUGAAAUGGUUGCAGUCGGAGUCGUCAGAGGUGGACACUCAGCCGAAGAACUCGGAUUUUGCUCUUCUCUUGAAAGACCUCGAGGCGGAGGCUGAAACCCGGGCCGAAGUGAAGGAAGUCUUCGCACGGAUGCUGAGGACGGGCAACCUUUCGUCUUCUUUUGCCAGGCUGCAAUCCAUGGGCUACGACCUCGAUGCAGUAAAGCGCUGGUAUCAGUCUCACCUGAGAGCCACUCCGCAGCCUCAGCAGAAAGAUCCCGGACCUGGCAAACUCGGCGAAGUCUUCAGGAAUGAGUCCGUGAUCCUAACAACACCGACCAAGAGGCUCCUCCCUGAGACCAUGCAGGACAGUGUCAGCUCGUUCCCCGGGCCUCACUUGCAAGCCUUGGGCGAUGAGACGAGGCACCUGCAAGAGGAGAAGCCCCCGAUUUCCGCGAAGACCGCAGUCGCAGUCGCGGCGGAGGCGACGGCCAGGGCCACUGUGGAAGUGCCAAUCCUGAAAUCCUCGUCUUCGAAUUCUCGACUUGACACAGCUACAGGCUUUGAUGAGCUGCUUUUGCAGGUGCAUCGGGCAUAUAAGGCGGAGGUCAUUCGGCUGCUUUCCUCCGAAUUUAGAUCAGGUGGCCGGCCACGGGUCGAACAAGCUUUCGCCUUCUUGGAAGCUUCAGGAUACAGCCACAAGGAUGUGCAGGCAUGGCUGACUGGUGGGCCGGCCCCAGUGCGACGGAUGUAG